CUUAAUUAGAGAGACAUUUGAAAGCAAUAAUUUCUUAUUACUGCUCACCAAUGUGGUGGCCUUUCAUCCAUCUUGCUAUCCUUCUGAUGCCUUAUCCUUCUUCUUCUUCCUCCAUAAAUAAAGGAAAUGGAGAAGCAAUGGCUCUCUUGGGCUGGAAAGCCACCUUGGAAAACCAAAGCCAAUCUCUCUUGUCCUCGUGGCACGGAACCAAUCAUUGCAUUUGGCUCGGAAUUGGCUGCAACAAGGCCAGUCGUGUCACCCACGUAAAUCUUACGGGCUUUGGUUUGAGAGGUACGCUUUCCAAUUUUAGCUUCUCAUCCUUUCCUUUCCUUCUCCACAUUGAUCUCAAUAACAAUUCAUUCUAUGGUUCUAUUCCUCCACAAAUUGGCAAUCUUUCGAGACUCGCCUCUUUGAACUUGUCUACAAAUCACUUUUCAGGAACAAUUCCACCAGAAACAAGGUAUAUCCCUUGCCUUAGUGAACUCAUCUUAUAUUCCAACUUCUUGUCUGGACCCAUCCCUCGAGAAAUUGGGAUGUUUAAAUCCCUCUCCACACUUUCCCUAGGAUGGAACAAUUUUAGUGGGCCUAUCCCUGCUUAUAUAGGGAACUUGAGCAACCUCAAAAUUUUGAAUCUUAGCACAAAUGAACUUUCUGGUGCCAUUCCUCAAGAAAUUGGGAUGUUAAAGUCUCUCAAUGGCCUUGUGCUCUCAAGCAACAACCUCAUUGGUUCAAUCCCAACUUCAAUAGGGAAUUUAACCAGUCUAACCGCUCUAUACCUUCAUCUAAACAAACUUUUAGGAUCAAUUCCUCAAGAAAUUGGGAUGUUAAAGUCUCUCAAUGACCUUCAACUCGCAAGCAACAAUCUGUCAGGAUGUAUCCCCUCCACCAUUGGUAGCUUAAAUAACCUCAAAAUGUUAUCCUUGCAUUCAAAUCAAUUAUCUGGUGCCAUACCUCCCGAAUUGGAUAAGCUUACACAUUUGCAAUAUUUUUGGGUUUUCCAUAACAAGCUCACCGGUUAUCUACCCCAAAAUCUAUGCCAUGAUGGAUCAUUGAUAGCCUUAUCUGCAUCAGGGAACAACUUAAUAGGUCAUGUCCCAAAAAGCGUGAGAAAUUGCAAGUACUUGCAACGAGUUAGACUUGAGAACAACCAACUCCAAGGAAAUAUACAAGAAGAUUUUGGCAUACUCCCUAACUUGGUUUACAUGGAUUUAAGUUAUAAUCAUUUCACAGGCCAGCUUUCUAAAAAUUGGGGAAAGUGCAAGAAUUUGACUUCUCUAAAGAUCUCCAAUAACAAAAUCAGUGGAAAAAUACCAUUUGAGCUGGGCGGGGCAACCCAAUUGCAAUAUCUUGACCUCUCUUCAAAUCAUCUAGUAGGAGGUAUCCCGAAGAAUUUCGAAAACUUGGGAAAAUUGUAUAACCUUAAUUUGAGUGGUAACAAGCUCUCAGGCUACAUUCCAACUGAGGUAAGAAGGUUUUCUGAAUUGAAAUACCUUGAUUUGGCAGCGAACAAUCUUGAUUGACCAAUUCCAAGGGA